AUUUGAAUCGUCGAGCGGGCGCCGGCCAUGGCGGCUUCACUCCCGCGACCCGGGAGCCGGCUCUUCCGGACUUAUGGGGCUGCGGCCGGCGGGAGACCACUGCGGCGGCAGGGCCGGGCAGCCGCGCCGUGGUUCCCGCCGCAGGAGCGGCGGCGAUUCUUCAGCAGCAGCAGCAGCAGUGACACCAGCCUCGGCGGCCCCUCGCAAUCUGUCGCUUCCGACGAUCCGGACGACCCCGACUUCCCCGGCAGCCCGCCUGGUCGGCGGCGGAGGCGCCCUGGCGGCCGAGUCCCCAAGGACCAGCCGAGCUUGACCGUGACCCCAGGACGCCCGAGGCUGCGAGCCCGGCGCCCGCGGCAGUGCAGCACCCCCUGCGGCCCGUUGGGACCGCCGCCCUUCCCCAGCCGCAGCUCGGGCCGCCUAAGCCCGGACCUCAGCGUGUGCAGCCGGCCCCAGGACGGCGACGAGCUGGGCACCAGCGCCUCCCUGUUCAGCCUCCGGCCGACCCCCGGCUCCCCGGCGCCAACGGACAGUCUCGUCUCCAGCAGCCUCUCCGCCUCUCUCGAUGCAACCUCUGCAGCCCCGAGCGACUUCCACUUCCCGGAAGCCACCCUGGACCGACCAUCUCUCCACAACUCCCAGGAAGCAGCGACAAGAGGCAGGCUCACCAGGAUGGUCCACCACGCCCGUGCCAGCCUCAGGUCAGCUAUCUUUGGCCUUAUGGACUCAGGAAGCCCUGAGGAUUCUGAGUUUGGGGCAGAUGGGAGGAAUUUGAGAGAGUCCCGCUGUGAAAGGGAGCUAGUGGGAAACAGACUGGAAGACCCAGGCCUAUCAAGGGCAGGUAAGAGGGCCACAGGCCCGGACUCUUGUCACGAAACUGGGUCUCAAGAGGCUGUCCGAACGAAAUAUAAGGAGGUCAGAGUUUGCAAGGGCUGUAUUGUACCUGGGGGAACCAACAGGACUGAGAGAACCCGGCCAAGCCAGAAGAGGAAACGUCAGGAGGCAAUGGAAACCUCUCUCCUCCAUUACCACCAGUUUAAAAAGGGCCAAAAGAUGGAGAAAGAUUCAUUCCUCACGCAGGACCUGAAUGUCAGCUCUUGGACCAAAACCAGGGCCUCCUUCAGUUUUCACAAGAAGAAAAUUGUGACUGACGUGUCAGAGGUGUGCAGCGUCUAUCCUAUUGCCAGUUCUCUCUCUAGAUCUCUCCUGUCAGAAUAUUCAGACCCUCCUGACAUGAACAGAACAAAUAGUGCUCUAUCCCCUUGGCACUCCUCUUCUAUGCACUUGCUAAGCCCCUUAAAGACACCACAUAUUACAAACAAAAAGGCAUCUGAUGCUGAAAAGGUUUAUGGGGAAUGCAAUCAGGAAGGUCCUAUCCCCUUUAGCCAUUGCCUUUCCACAGAAAAACUGGAACACUGUGAGAAGAUUGGGGAAGGGGUGUUUGGCGAAGUGUUUAAAACCAUUGCUGAUCACACAUCUGUAGCUCUAAAAAUCAUUGCUAUUGAAGGACCAGAUUUAGUCAAUGGAUCCCAUCAGAAAACCUUUGAGGAAAUCCUGCCAGAAAUCAUCAUCUCCAAAGAACUGAGCCUGUUAUCUGAUGAAGUGUGCAACCGCACAGAUGGCUUCAUUGGGCUGAACUCAGUGCACUGUGUUCAAGGGCCUUACCCUUCCUUGCUCCUCAAAGCCUGGGAUCACUAUAAGUCAACCAAAGGGUCUGAAAAUGACCGGCCUGACUUUUUUCAGGAGCACCAGCUCUUUGUUGUGCUGGAGUUUGAGUUUGGAGGGACUGACUUAGAGCAAAUGAAAAAGAAGUUGUCUUCCUUGGCUACUGCAAAGAGUAUUCUACACCAGAUUACAGCAUCCCUUGCAGUGGCAGAGGCAUCACUGAACUUUGAGCACCGAGACUUACACUGGGGGAAUGUGCUCUUAAAGAAAACCAGCCUCAAAGAACUGCAGUACACACUCAACGGGAAGACAGGCACUAUCCCCACCCAUGGGCUGCAAGUCAACAUCAUUGACUACACCUUGUCACGCUUGGAACGGGAUGGGAUUGUAGUUUUCUGUGACAUUUCCAUGGAUGAAGAUCUAUUUACAGGUGAAGGUGAUUACCAGUUUGAGAUCUACAGGCUCAUGAGGAAGGAGAAUAACAACUGCUGGGGUGAAUAUCACCCUCAUAAUAAUGUGCUCUGGCUCCAUUACCUCACAGAUAAGAUUCUAAGACAAAUGACCUUCAAGACUAAAUCUAACACCCCUGCCAUGAAGCAAAUGAAGAAACAGAUCCAGUAUUUCUAUGGGACAAUGCUGAACUUCAGCUCUGCCACAGAUCUGCUCUGUCAACACAGUUUAUUUAAGUAA